CCAGGAUCCAAUGCCACACGCCGACUCUCUGUAUAAGGAUCAUUGAGCGACCUGGAUAGACUGUAGUGAGGACGCCGAGGUUUGUUGCUGAGUUUUUAAGCACCGAGAGUGAAGAUGGGAGUCCGUAAACUGGAGAACCAGAAAGAUUUUGAAAUGGUGCUGAAGGAGGCAGGAUGCAAAUUGGUUGUUAUUGACUUCUCUGCAACAUGGUGUGGGCCUUGUAAAGUAAUCAGUCCAUUCUUCGAUAAUCUGGCAGAAGCCAAUACAAGUGUGGUUUUCUGUGAAGUAGACGUGGAUGAUGCAGCUGAUAUUGCAGAACACUGUGCUAUAAAUUGUAUGCCAACAUUCCAAUUCUACAAGAAUGGAGAGAAGUUGUACGAGUUUUCUGGAGCUAAUAAAACGACUUUGGAAGAAAAAAUUAAAGAGCUGCAGUAAUGGUCAUUAAUCCAGUAAAAUAAAAUAGAAAUCAAUAAUGAAUCUGUUUCACUUGUCUGCAAUGUCAAAAUGUUUCAGUUGAGUUCCUAAGUGUAAGACCCACUUCCUCUUUGCAAGAAAAGAUUGUAAAAUCUGGUUACAUGGCCAGGUUUUUGCUUCAGCAUAUAUGAUCAUCUAAUCUGAUACAAAAAGUUUCAAGUGUAUAUCAACAUAAGUUGCCAACUUUACUAUUUAAAUGCCGAAGGAAUGCUGUGACUCUGCCUGGCAUUGGUUGUUACGCACGUCUUUAAAUUGGAACAGUGUAAUUUGUUUUGAACUAGACCAUAGCAUGUUUUUUCUUUUAAACGUGCUUAGAUGCCCAAUUUGGAUAAACUUGAUCAGCUUACUGGAAGGAACCAGGCUAUUGUAAACAGAUUAAUUAACUGUAGUCUAUUUGUUUAAGGAAAAAUUUUGAAGUAUAAUUUAGUCCCAGAGGUGUAUGCUGAACAUGUAAUGUAAUAGUGGCUGUGUAUUGUGCUCUGCAUCUGAAAUUGUGUUCUAUUGACUUCUGUGGAACCAGAUUUAGAAUGUGGAACAGCAGCCCCUAGUAUAUUUAAAUGUUUUGUAUGUGCAAUGCAAGGCAGAUUUCUCUUCAACAGGCACACACUUUUUAGGAAUUGCCUUCUGUUGUUCUACAGUUUGAUAGGCUGUAGAUCCAAUUUUGAAGAGUCCACAUUCUUGCAAAUCACAGCUAAUCUUUGCUUUUGUGCAUUUAUUUUUUCCCUCAUUUCUUUAUUUCAACUAGUUUCUAUUUAAUGUGAAAGUCACCUGAAGGAUAGUUAACUGCAAGAAUAAAUCAAUAUGAUAGCCUAGCUGCAGUUUCCAUCAAUAUUCUUGAACUGAUUUGUCAGUUACUAUUUCUACAAUAAGCCAUUUCUCUGCAACAAUUUGUAUUUUGUUAUAUCGUCACUAUACAUGGCUUUUGAAAUCAGAAUACAGAGAUGCUACUUGAAUAUCAGCACAUAAUUUACCCAAUCUUGAGUUGGUUCUUGCAUGAACAAAUGUUUAAUGUACCUUUUGAUGUGCAAAAUCUAUAUAUCUGUUCAAAUUGACCCAGUGCCUCCUGAAAGUUCCUCCCAAUCUGAUACUGGAGAUUAUGAUAAAAGGUGCCUGCAGCAAAUAGAUAAACUAGUUGAUUUGCAUUGUUUCCUUCUUUCUGUUGUGGGUAAGUUUUGUGUUUGUAGAUAAUCUAUUUAAGGAUGCAAGCUUCAUCUGAGAACUUUCAAUAAAUAUUUUUAAUCAUUGAAUGAGGCUCUUGGCCAUUUAAGGGCCUAUUAUGUGGUCAGAUAUACCUGUCAUUACUAUUUUCACUUAAGCUUGUGCCUUCUAAAUGUAGCCUGCUUAUUGGUAAGUAUUUUGAGACUUGGCUGUUAAAUUUGCCUAUGGCACUUAAUGAUGCAUUUUAUUAAACAAGAACUUGAUUCUUU